AUUACACAGGAAAAUGAUACAGACCAGUGAGUGAGUGAGUGACCACCUUUCUCUCUCCUUCCCUCUCCGUUCAAGCAAUCAGUACCCUGUAACUCAUCUGUUUUCAUUACCACACUCACGCUUCAAUGGCAAUCUCUACUAAGCUUAAACCCUCCUUCUCCCCAAACCCAUCUCUCAAACUACCCUCUCUCCUCUCUUCCUCCUUUCCCUUCUCUUCGCUACCCCAACCCCACCUCCCUGCUUCACCUUCCGACAAAACCCUAAUCUCCACCGCCGUUUCCGUCCUCACAAACCACCGCUCCAAGUCGCGGUGGAGCCGCCUCCGCUCCCUCUGCCCCGCCGGGUUCCGCCCCUCUGAAGUUUCCCAAAUCACCCUCCUCCUCCGCAACAAUGCCCAUCUCGCCCUCCGCUUCUUCUUAUGGACUCGCUCCAACUCCCUCUGCAACCACACCCUCCUCUCCUACUCCACCAUCGUUCACGUCCUCGCUCGCGCUCGCCUCAAAUCCCACGCCCAAUUGCUCCUCCAAUCCGCUUUGCGCGUCUCCGAUUCCGACGUCUCCGAUGUGGGUUCGUCGUCGAAGCCGCCGAAAAUAUUCGAAACUCUUGUGAAGACCUAUCGAUCGUGCGAUUCGGCGCCGUUUGUGUUUGAUUUGUUGACAAGAGCUUGUUUGCAAUCCAAUAGAAUUGAUCAGGCUAUUGCCAUUGUUCGAAUUUUGAGGUCUCGCGCGAUUUACCCAAAGGUGAGCACUUGCAACUCUUUAAUUCGAUCGGUUUCGCGGCGUCGGGGGUCAAAUUUUGGUUACGAUAUGUAUAGAGAAGUUUUUGGUCUCGAUGAUGGUGAAAUUGAGAUUAAAUCUAAAAGUUUUAAGGUUUAUCCGAAUGCGCAGACGUUUAAUGAGCUGAUGCUUUGUUUUUAUCAAGAUGGUGCGAUUGAGAAGGUAGAGGAGGUUUGGGCAGAAAUGGCGAAAUUGAAUUGUGCCCCAAAUGCUUAUAGCUAUAGCAUUUUAAUGGCGACCUAUUGUGAGGAAGGGGAGAUGGGAGAAGCUGAGAGGUUGUGGGAAGAGAUGCAAAUCAAGGGAAUAAAGCAUGAUGUUGUGGCUUAUAACACUAUGAUUGGUGGGUUUUGCAAAACUGGGGAAAUUGGAAGAGCCGAAGAAUUUUUCAGAGAGAUGACAUUGAGUGGAAUAGAGGGUACUUGUGUUACUUUUGAGAAUCUUAUCAAUGGAUAUUGUAAAAUAAAGGAUGUUGAUUCUGCUAUGCUGUUGUACAGGGAUAUGCAGAGGAAAGGGUUUAAGGCCGAGGCACUGACAGUUGAUGCAGUGAUUGGAGGACUUUGUGACAAGAGAAGGGUUUCUGAAGCUUUGGAGUUUUCGAGAGGUGCAAUGGGGAAUCCUGAUUACUUCCCAUCUCAAAAGAGUUAUGAGUUUCUGAUGAAGGGGUUCUGUGAGGAGGGGAAAAUGGGAGAAGCUUUGAAGGUUCAAGAGGAGAUGGUAGGAAAAGGGUUUCCACCAAAUUCGGAGAUAUAUAGUGCUUUUAUUGAUGGGUACAUGAAAGAAAGAAAUAUGGAAAUGGCUGAAAUGUUGAGGAAGGAAAUGUUUGAAACCCAAAUGCAAAAAGAAAAUAAUUAGAUUACUUUCUUUCAACUGGAAGCGAAACCAUAUGCCACAUUUCAAAUGGCCUCAACCAAGCAUCGAGACAGUAGUAUUAUAAAUUCUCGGAUGCCUUAAUUGAAUCUGGUUUCUCUCAAUCCAAGACUGAUUAUAGCCUUUUCACCCGAGACACAAAUGGCAUCUUUGUUGCUUUACUCAUAUAUAUUGAUGACAUACUUGUAGCAAGUAAUGAUCUCAAUGCUGUGAAUGAUUUAAAGGCUUUUCUGCACAGCAAGUUUCAAAUAAAGGAUGUUGGCACAUUGAGGUACUUUCUUGGCAUAGAGAUUGCAAAGUCAUCUAAAGGGAUUCAUUUCUGUCAGAGGAAGUAUACACUGGACAUUUUGGCCGAUUGUGGUACCUUGGGCAGCACCCCUACUAAGGUUCCUAUGGAUCAAAACUUCAAACUCACUAAGUCCACUGGUACUCCAUUAUCGACCCCAGUGUUUACAGAAGCUUGAUUGGUCGCCUAUUGUACCUCACUAUCUCUCGGCCAGACAUAGGUUUUAGUGUUCAAACUUUAAGCCAAUUCAUGGCUAACCCUACUAAUACACACCUCCUGGCAGCUCAUAAAGUUCUUCGGUACCUUAAGGAUGCCCCUGUUCAAGGUCUCCUUCUCUCUAGUUAUUCUUCAUUUCAACUUGAGGCCUAUUGUGAUUCGGACUGGGCAUCCUGUCCAGACACCAGGAGAUCCGUAAGUGGCUAUUGCAUCUUUCUUGGCUCUUCCCUGAUCUCUUGGAAGUCCAAGAAACAAUGGGUUGUUUCACAUUCGUCGGCAGAGGCAGAGUAUCGAUCAAUGGCUGCCACCUGUUCUGAAUUAACAUGGUUACGAUUCAUCUUAUCCACCCUUCAAGUUCCUCAUCCUCAAGCUGCUUUACUCCACUGUGAUAGCCAAGCUGCCCUACACAUCGCUGCGAACCCUGUCUUCCACGAAAGAACCAAACAUAUCGAGCUCGAUUGUCACUUAAUUCAUGACAAAAUCAAAGAUGGUAGCAUCUGCACUCGUUAUGUUCCUAGCCUUGAUCAAAUUGCCGACACCAUGACAAAAAGCUUUGUCUUUGAAUGUUCUCAGUUCUCACUUAUCCAAGAUGGGAGUGUUAAAUCUUUACACUCCAUCUUGCCCCCCGGGGGGUACUGGAGAAUAAAUCAGAGCAGCACACAGCACAGUAAAUGAUGCUGAAGAAUUAAAUUCUGCCAAUUCUGUUUUCAGAAUUUCUUUUUUAUUUUGUUAGUUAUUUGUAAAGGGUAAUAAUGUCUUUCCAUAUAAAAUAGGUAGUUACAAUAUUCUUUAGUAUUUGUAUAUAAGUACAUGCAUGUAUUUUUGCUCAAUAUACAAUUCAAUACAGAGGAUAUUUCUCUUCUUCUGCAAA